AGUUAAGGGCGUGUUGGCGUCUUGACGUUAGCGUCAGCAAUGACACAGAAUCAUGUAGGUACGCCCAGUCAGACUGCCACAGGAGCAUUGCCGAGCGGUCGACUCAAAGGUGCCGCGCGCUUGUUUUUCACGAAUUUUCUCUCGUCAUUUCGAUUGUUCGCGAUCAUUAAAUACAUAGUGGUUUAACUUUAUUGAUUGGUGCAUAUUUUUCAAAUACGAAUAAUUCAGUGAAAACAGUGCUUAUUGUAGUUUUUUAAUGGUCCAUGGUCAAGAAGUCAUGAAGCGGUAGAUGUCCGUUAAUACAGAAUCGUCGUCAAUAAAAAAAUAAAUAAGUAUAUAGAUCUCACGAUGAAGAGGCUGAAGACAUUUUGUUGCUGUGCGACCACUCGCACGGGCUGCAUCAUCACGGCAGUGGUGGGCAUCAUCCUCUCCAUCGCCACCAUAAUUGCUGUGUGGCUCUUCGAAAAACAUUUCGUCAAAUUCACGACGUACAUUUUCGAUGAAGAUUUCGAUAAAAAGCUUGCUGAUUUAGACAUUCCGAGAAUCAUCAUUACAAUCAACUUGUGCUUCACGAUCUUAAUUUGUUCUGUACUUAUUGUAGCAGUCUGUAAGCGGCGAUCAUGGUUGAUGCUACCAUUCGUUGUCCUGGGCGUGGUGCUCGCCAUCGGGCUGUUGAUCAGCAUCCUGCACACCUCCAUCACAUACUACCUCAUGGACUACAAGGACGAGGACGAGCGGUACAACCAGAUACUGCUGGCGACGGCUAUACUGAUAGGCGGCAUUAUUUACUUGUGUGUAUAUCUAUACGCUUGGGCGGUUGUGUUCAGUCAUUAUUUGAACAUCCGUGAUGAAGAAACCAGAGGCAGAUAUCGCAAAGCACCAUACCGGCGAUAGGGACCUAUAAUUCGAUCUACUUUUAAAACUAUACAUUUAUUGUAAUAGUAAAACGUAUGUAACUAGGUAUAUAAUUAAGUAAUUUACAUGACAUUUCAGAGGAUAUUUUUUCAUGGCUAAUUGAUGAAUUCUAACUAGACUGAUUGAGAUCUAACUAAAACAACGACUCUUAUGAUAUGAAUAUUUAUGUACUUAGUUUUAUACAUUUCUAAGUACUCAAAGUACCUACAGUCUGUCCAGGAAGUGAAGAGAACGGAUUUUUGACGAAAUACUUAUGUUUUUGCCAUUGCAAUACCAAAUAUAAUGGUCAUCCAUUGUCAGCCAACAGGAGAUAGCGCCCGCAUUUUAUUCCUUCACUUUCUGGACAGACUGUAGGUACCUACUUAAGGUACCUACAGUCUGAGGUAGAACAGACGACGGGUCAAAAAGAUUUCACGUGAAAACCCCUAGUUAUAGUUAUCUCGUAAUUACUCGAAAUUAUAAGCUAGGCUAUUGUAAGUAGUUCCGUCGCCCCUUACCUACCUAUUUUUACCUGUACCUGCCUAAUCUAAUUAAAUAUUCAAUAGGUGAUUUUAUCUUCUAACCUACUGAACAUAUGAACUGCCCUUUUCUACUUAUGUAAUUCAAUUCAAAAUUAUAUAAGUAAGGAUCUAUUUUUAAUGGUAGGUAGUAGUUUAGGUACCUAUAGGUGCUUUAGUGCAUUUCAUUGAUAACUUUUAAUUUUAUUUCGUCUGACUCGUCUGACUAAUCAAAUCUUGCUAUCUAAAUGUCAAACCAAAAUAUGACUUAGCUUAUGUAUCCUAUUUGGUGAUGAUAUGAUAUUAUUAUGUCGUAAAAAGAUAUUUUAUUUGGUGAAUCAUAAAUUAAACACAUGUGAUUUUAUUAAAUAAAUCAAAAAAAUCAAGGUGAAAUAAAUAAUAAAAUUUAAAGUUUUGUUACCAAACUGUACCUUUUACAAAUAACUUAUUCCGUGUAAUAAUUUAUUUAUAAGAAAAUGAUUAAUGUUAAUUCAUGUGAAUAAAUAUUUAAAAGUAACAAAA